UCACUCAUAUCACAAUACAGUUCUUUCAGUAACCUUCAAUAGGCUACCCAAGAACUAGCAAACAUGGCAAAACUUCCGAGCUUGUUCUUAGUCCUCUCUUCUAUAGUAGCCAUAUCCGUCGUAGGCUCUCAGGCUGAUGGAGGUUGUGAUAAUGACCUCCAAAGCCUGAUAACUGAAUGCAAGCGGUACGUGAUGUUUCCAACGAAUCCAAAGGUCCCUCCUUCAGAUGGUUGUUGUGGUGUCAUCAAGAAGGUAAAUGUUCCUUGCCUGUGCGCCAAGGUCACCAAGGAGAUUGAGAAGGUCGUGUGCAUGGAGAAGGUUGUGUAUGUUGCUGAGCAAUGUAAGAGGCCAUUUGAGCAUGGCUUCCAGUGUGGAAGCUACAAGGUUCCUAGAAAAUGAACGGAUCACAAGAGGGAAGUGCUGGACGUAGUCCUUAGAUCUCAACAGCCAUAGCUGAUCUACCUUCCGAUGGAUGUACAAUAUGAGGUCAUGUUGAGACUAAUAUAAGGUGUAAGAGCUCCAUUGAUGUAUCGAAAAUAUUCUGAGCUAAUAAUAAAGCCUUCCCCACAAAAUUCAUGAUUGCUCA